AAGGCAGUUGAAGGUUGAAGUAGAAGGAUGGUGUAUACGUAUGCCUGAGUGUACGAGAUUCCUGACAGUAUAUUUGUUGGUAGAAAAAGAUAUUAAGACGAUGGCAGCUUCAACCCGAGCAGCAGAUUUUAAAAAGCUAACUUCGGAGAAAACAGAGUUGAUGCAAUCGUGCACAAAAUGUCAUGAAAGUGAUAGAGGAUACAUUCCCGUUUCAGAAUUUAGUAUUCAAGACUUAGAUACCUUAAACGUUGAUGAUAUGAAGCAAGAACUAUUCGAUGUAAUUAAUUCUUUACAAAAUUUGGUAGUGCUUAUAAAAAGAAAAUUCACCAACCCAGACCGUUGGGUGGGCGAUUUUAAAAUACUGUCUGAACCUGAAGCUGCAGCACAAGAGAUACAAGAAUCCGCAAAAGCACGCUACGGUAGUGGUCGAAUCAAAUGGGUUGAAAUAAAAAAGGAAGAAGACAACCAAAAAUGCCCUUGUCCUGGAUGUGUCAAGUCUGGCAAGCACAAGAAAGAGUUUAGUUUAAUUGUAAUUGUGACAGCAGCUCACGUUGUAAACGAUGACAAUGAGGCUAAAAGUGUCGAGUGCAUCAUUAAUUACAAUAAAGAUGGCGUGGAAAAAGGCCUCAUCUGGCUUAAUGGGCACACAAUGAAAGCAAUAAACCGAACAGAUGAUCGGUGUGAAUUUUAUGUUGUAACCCACGAUAGAAAGCUGCGCAAUCUAUUGAUAAGUAAUAUCAUAAAAUACCACGAGCGAAACAAACUCGUGGUAGAAAAACUAAAGAAUCGCUUCAUACAACCUGCAAGUGAAAAUGAAAAUGCAGCAAAUAUAGCGGUUGUAAUAUCGCAUCCCCACUACUCGGCUAAAAAGAUAUCGAUAGGAAAGGUAGAGAUCAUUCAAGAAAAAGCUGGCCCUAAGGAAAACACCAUUAACACACAAUAUUUGUACGAUGCUUUAACAUGUGAAGGUAGUAGCGGUGGACCAGUGUACAUAUUGGGGAGAGAAAAUGUUUGGACCAAUCAUCCACAUUCUCGGUGGAUAGGAGUUAAUGAAAGAAUUUUAAAUAUUAGUGCAUUUGAAUGGGAGGAAGAGACUGAAAAUCUACAGACAUUGAGAGAAAUCAUUGCUAAAUCGCCAAAAGGCCCACCUGCAAAACGUGCUAGAAAGUAAUAUUUUUUGUUGCUCAAAACUACAAAAAGACCUAGCUGUAUUUCUAACAUAUUUAUACGUGUGUUUGAGAGGUGGAUUGUUUUAUUUGUCGAUAUAAGUAUUCAUUAUAAUU